ACCGGAGGGGUGGGGAUACAGUAUAUAGGCAGCAGGCAGUGCAGAGCUCCGGAUACAUUGUAUCUCCUCCCUGGGUUUGUGUCUCACUCUCUGGAUCUGCCUGCACUCCCUCCCCAGACAUGACUGGGUCUCAGAAGAGUUUGGGAAAAGGCUCCCCUGCCCCGGGGCCUGUCCCUGAAGGAAAUCUUCGUCUCUACAGCAUGAGGUUCUGUCCAUUUGCCCAGCGAGCAAGACUGGUUUUAUUUGCCAAGGGCAUCAAGCAUGACGUCAUUAACAUCAACUUAAAGAGUAAGCCGGACUGGUUUUUGGAGAAAAUCCCAUCAGGCUGUGUGCCGGCUGUGGAGCUGAGUGAUGGGGAGGUAAUCUUCGAGUCCCCCAUAGUCUGUGAUUUUCUGGAUGAAGCCUAUCCUGGCAAGAAGUUAACCCCUGCAGACCCAAUCAAAAAGGCAAAGGAGAAGAUGAUUUUGGAGUUUUACAAUGGGGUAACCACACUACUUUAUAAAAUCCUUGGGGCACAGCAAGAAAAAAAAGAUGUUGCUGAACUCAAGACAGAAUUACUCGGCAAGCUCCAGAAACUACAACAGAUUCUAAUUAAGAAAAAGACACCUUACUUUGGAGGAGAAUCUCUGUCUAUGAUUGAUUACAUGCUGUAUCCAUGGUUUGAGCGUUUCGUAGCAUUUGGCGUUGAAGAUAUUUUCACUCAAACUCCAGAGCUGAAGAAGUGGUACAACCUCAUGCUUAAGGAUCCUGCAGUGAAGGAGACCUUCACUCCACCAGAAGUUUUGCAGGAAUUUUUCAAGCUGUACAUACAGGGCAACAUCAAUGCUGUGGAUUACGGUCUUUAAAAUCAUUGCUACCUAGACAAAUCAUAUUUAUCAAACUUAUUCGGUUGAAACCAUUGUUCGUGAUGAUGUUAUUUUCUGUAGAACUAAAUUUUACCAAUAAACGUUGAGUGUUUA